UGGUGCGCGAAACAGAAAGUCAAAGACGAGAGAUCGGAUCUUUUGCAGAGUGUGCUUCCAAAAAAACUCAAUUAAAAGGUUUGAAAUGAAUUCGAAUGCAUGUUUGAUAACAAAUCUAUUUAAGAUGGAUUGAUUUUUUACAGCUACGCAAGUGCUACCAGCGCGACGGUCCUCAUACAGCAUUUAGCCCACGAGCAUCGCAUCAAAAUUUUGUCGGAGCGUAACGAUCAAAAGCAAAAGAAGCUGACGGAAUUAUUCGUAGAAAAGAAAAAAGACGGAGUGGGAAAAGUCGAUGAAAAGUUUGUGUUCUCGAGACGAAUUUUGGUUUGGCUUUGUCGAGAUUUGCUGCCAUUCAAUGUGGUCGAAAAAGUGGGGUUUCUGGAUUUUUUCACCUCACUAAAUAGGAAAAAGAGUGACAUUCCGUCGAGAACAACAAUUGCAAACAUGGCCCUUGAUGACAUGUUUGACUGUUUGAAAACAAAAUUGAUUGGUCAUUUGAAAGAAACCCAACAGCACUGUUGCGUCGCAUUUGAUAUGUGGACGGACAAUUACCGUCGUAUUUCAUACAUGACAUAUACGUGCCAUUAUGUAACCGAUAGUUGGAAACUUAUGAGCCGUGUAUUGAAAACAGCUAUGUUCGAACACCCACACACAUCGAUACGCAUCGAAGAAAACUUCAAUGCAAUGAUGGAUGAAUAUGGCCUCAGAGACAAAGAAAUAAUUGCGGUCGUGGAUGGGGCAGCCAAUGUCAAUCGAACGGUAAACGACAUGGGAUUCGUCAAAAUUAAAUGCAUAGCACAUUCCAUCAACCGACUCAUUCAAUUUGACCUAAUUCAAAAGGGCGAGGGAAUCGAAGAUUUGAAAAAUAUCAUCAAAAAGUUGCGUCUUAUCCAAAAAGCAUUGCUAUACAGCUAUGGUCAGUUAACAAAAAUGGCCAAAAAUGAACGACAAAAGCAAAUUUUUGAGUUGCUUGAGGAAUUAACAGCGAUUGAGGAAGCGAUUGAAGCCGAUGAGCGAUUUAGCGUCGAAGAUUUGACAGCGGCACCAGCAGGAAUGGAUGGCUUGAAGAGUAUUAGUUCAGUUCGAUGGAAUUGCAUUUACAAAGUCUGUCAUGCUCAUUUUCAUAAUUCAGCUAUCGUCAAGAAAUGUCUUGAACAUCAUGCAGCGUAUGAAUUGAUUUUAUCACGCUCAGAACUUGCAUUGCUAGGACGAAUCGUCGAAGUGCUCGAAGUGUUCAAUACUUUCACCAAAUACGUACAAGGGAACAGUUACCCUACGUUAAAUUCACUUAUUUUGUUCUAUGUGGAAAUCAAGGGAAAUUUAGAACAAAUCCAACGUGAGAAUAUGUGUGAAGUUAUUAACAAAGUAGUCAACAUUCUCCUGAAAAAUCUGGACCAUCGUUUCCAGUUGACGGAUGCAUGUAUUGCUGCUGCUAUUUUGGACCCUUCGAGUCAACACCUGCCAUUAAUACAAUCGUGGCUUCGCGAUAAAGACCUUUCAAGAGAAGAUCUGCUUCAUCGAAUGGUUGAUCAGCUCAAGAUUAAGCUGCCAAGUGCAAGCGACCCACAUGACGAGAGCGAGCAUCCACCGGACAACGUUCAGAGUCGACACAUGAGUCUGCGUGAAAAACUUUUGUCUCGUCAUGUGCCAAUCCAUAGAGCCGGACUAGAUAAUUCAAUUGAAGGCGAAUUAUUGCGAUUUCAAGACAUCCGAGAAAUCUUCGAUGAUGUGCUGGAUUUUUGGAAAAAAUUUGCUGACAACUAUCCAAAUUUAGCUGCGAUAGCUAAAGUUUUAUUUAGCAUCCAAGCGACAACGGCAACGGCCGAAAGUUCAUUCUCAUUCGCUGGUUCCGUAAUCAGAAGUCGCCGUGCAACCAUCGACCCAUACAGAGUCGAAAAAGUGUUAUUCAUUCAUGACAAUUACGAUCUAUUUCAAUUGUAACUUUUUCAAUUGUAGUUGUACAAAUUACUUUUAAGCAGAGCAUAAAUAAUACUAUCAAGUAUUUUCUUUGAAAAAAUAAUGUAGUCAAUGUGACUGUGAUCCAAACAAUGUAGUGAAAAAUAAAUAGUA